GUUUUAUCAUCUUCUCUUGUUUUGUGUUGUCAAUGCCGGCGGUGUUGUAUGAUGAAGAAGACGACGACGAAGGCAACCACGACGACAAACAAUCCAAUUCGAAUUCGAAUUCGAAUUCCAAUUCCCAACGCAUCUGAAAUUUGAUCAGUCGAGUAGCCGUAUCCUCUCCACCGUAGAAAAAGACCGGAAGUACGAUCAUAUUUUGGCAGAAGGAGACUGAAGCAGUCAUUCGAUUUCGAUCCAGGGCGCAGUUUUCUCCCGGCGUCUGACUUACAAAGAGCAUUAUUAGCUGCACUUGCGGCAGAAAUGGCCGACAUCACCGUUAUCAUGGGCGUCACCGGCGCUGGAAAAUCGACCAUAGGGGAGAUGCUGGCGAAAUCCAUGGGCUGUCCGUUCCUUGAUGCGGAUGAUUUCCACCCUCCCUCUAAUAAAGAUGCACCGGGGUAUCCCUCUCUCGGACGAAGAUCGGAUCCCGUGGCUCGAGACGCUGCGGGACGCCCUACGCGAGUUCCUCCUCAAGGGGAAUGCCGUGGUUCUUGGCUGCUCCGCUCUGCAGAAGCACUACAGGGAGAUCCUUAGAUCGUCCGAUCCUGACUAUCGGCCGGGGAUGUACGGGACUUGCCGGGUGAAGCUCGUGCUGUUGGAUGCCAAGCCCGAGGUCCUCACCGCUCGGCUCAAGGCGAGGGCUGCUCAAGGGACGCACUUCAUGCCCGCUUCGCUGCUGCAGUCCCAGCUGGAGCUGCUCCGAAUCGAGGAAGACGAAGGAAUCAGGAAGGUCGAUGCCAGCCAGACCCCUCAAGCUAUAGUAACCAGCAUUCUCCGGUCGGGGCUCUCGAAUCACAGCCAUGAGCUCUGAACGCCAUAUCUUUGCAUGGAACAGGCAGAGUAUAAAUUUACUGAACCUACAUGAUUCUUUAUUUUAGAAGGAGAGAAUUGGCUUUGGAUUUAGCCAGACCGGGUUGGUUCUAUCCCGCAGUUGGCCAAGUCAUUCUUGGCUUCGUUCCGACCGGAGCUCAAGCUACUGUACAAGGUGAAUGCUCAUAAGACAAACUGCAUCGACAAGUAGAAAGGCCUUCGAACGUUCACUUCUAGUUCCGACGACGUGAAUGUGAACGUUUCAGGCCACUAUCAGUGCUGAGUUUUGGAUAGAAGCUUCAUUUAGGUAAGGUAGUGGCUCGACCGGCUAGCGAGCAGAAGCAUGAAUUGAUGAAUUAAGCAUUAAUUUCUGGUAA